AUGAACCUCGGCUCGAGUUUUGACGAUAAUCUCCGGGAGUGGAUAUUGGCAAUAGUCGCAAUACCGCCCACCCUUGAACCCUGGCCGAACGGAGAGUGUGUGUGCCUCACUUUUACGACCGCACACUCGCUCAGCCGGGAUCCUUCGAUGAAGGUUGGCAAGUGGAAACCCAAAAUUUUCCAGCGCCUCAAGAUCCUCCAACUUCUCCGGACAUCCCUUGAGCUCGAGCUGGGCGUCACGCAUUGCCUCCUCCGCCUUGCGCUGGCGCCUCAACGCACGUUCGGUCUUGGGCCUGAUCGACCUCAUCUCGAUCUGCGAUGUCUUGGACGCGGGACUCACAACAUGCAGACACAUGUUCUCCUGGUAGAUGUUUUUGAUGCAGGCAAUCGUGUCGCUGCGGACAACGGGGAUCUCGUGAACGGUGGAGCUAUUCCCGAGGCUAUCUGGCUCUUCCUCAACCAUCUGCGCCAUCGGUCAUCAUCUCGAUCUCGCUCGUCGCUGCCUCUGACACUGACACCACCUGCGCCAGUCGUUCCAACAAAUUCGAUCCCAGAGGAUAGCAAGGUAGCGCACGGCGCGGCUCGACCAGACGUUGCAGGAGGGGCAAAGCAUACAACACGCGGAUAUGCUUUGGAUGGUCAUGUUGAGCACAUGCGUGUUUCGCCGCUCUGCCAACAGAUGCGGCCUCGCAAGCGCUUUACACACUCGCGCACAACUCGCUACAAGUACCCGCCCCAGUGCGUCAAACUCGAGUUCAAUGCGGUAAACUCGAAUUGCAUCGACUCGUCGAUAUUCCGGCACCGGCAGAUCGUUGCCCAAGCACACUACUCAUCAUACUGCACAAGCCAAACAGGCGCCAGUUUGUCCCAAUACCCGUACACGUCUGGUCUGUUCAUGAAGUUUUCAUCCACGGUGGGCGACACGAACUAG